GUAUUUCACAAGACUGAACUCUCUCCUCUGAUUUUGAUGCAUGCAAAGGGACAAAGAGAGGAGAGAGAAUGGGGUAUCAGUCGUACAAGUAGGGGCAGGACAGUGUGAUUUUACUGCCACCGUGUUCCCUCCUCCCCACAAGCUUCUUCCCCUUCUUCCCCCUCUCCUCCCCCCUCGCACAGCGCCAUUGCCGAGCGCGUGAGGAGGGAGAGAGGUGAGGUAAAGCGGCGAGGACCAGGGGAGCAACACUGCUAAAGGAGAAAGAGGAAAAGGAGGUUGGUUGGGUCUGCGGCGGCCGGCGAUGCUCCGGAGGAUGGUGUCUGACCCGGCCCCGGACUCCUCCGGCGGGGAGGCCAGGCCCCGCGCCGGCACCGCGCUCUUCGCCGUGCCGCGGCUCUUCGUCGGGUUCGCCGCCAAGCGCCCGUCCGACGGCGAGUCGUCGAGGAGCCCGACGUCGCCGCUCGACCCCAAGGCGCUGCUGCUCCGGUCGCCGCGCUCGCCGAGGACCUGGGGCGCCCCGGGCCUCGUGGACGCCCUCGCCGGCGACGCCACCAACUGCCUCCUCAGCCCGCGCCUGCGGCUCAAAUCGUACAGCUCCCUGCCCAAAGAUUGCGGCGGUGGCGGCGGCUAUUCGCACCCUGAGCUCGGCAAGACGAUGUCUUGCCCCGCCCCGGACACUGCGGCCGCCGCCGGCAUUUCGGUGCCGUGCAGCAGGUUCCACCACGGGGAUCUGAAGUCUGGUCCUGAGGCCACCCAUUCGGAUGGCGCUCACCUCAGCAACGGCAAGCGGCACUCGUUCGAUCUCGGCAAGCUCCCGGGCCCGGGCUCGCUGCCGGCGUCCAUCGCCGCCGGCGCCCCGCGCUUCAUCGGCUCGGUCUCGGCGAGCGAGAUCGAGCAGUCGGAGGACUACACCCGCAUCAUCGCGCGCGGCCCGAACCCGAAGACGACGCACAUCUUCGGCGACUGCAUCUUGGAGCCCCACACAGUUGGGGACAGUGACGAGGCCGCCAUGGAGGUGGAGGAACGAGCUGCCGGGUGCUACUUCGUGGUCAAGCGCGCCGCGGGGCUUGCCCCGGCGGCCGAGGACUUCCUGAGCUCUUGCUUCACUUGCAAGAAGAAGCUGGCAGGCAAUGACAUUUACAUUUACCGGGGCGAGAAGGCCUUCUGCAGCGCCAAUUGCCGGGACCAAGAGAUCCAGCUCGAAGAGGAGGCCGAGAACAACACGGCGAGCAUCUCCCCCCGCUCCUCGUGCUCCUCCAUCCACGAGGACGUCUUCAUGGCCGGCAUGAUGGUCACGACGUGACCUCCGGUCCCCCACCCAGCCCACCGCGCACCGUCUCGCCGCCGCGGCGACGAACGCGCCGCCGUUUUUUCCUCCUCGCACGGCGAGGGUUCAGAGACGAUCGUCGGUGGCCGGUCACCGGUGCGCGUCGCCGUCAUCAUCAGCUUGUUUUUGUUUCAGCAACUGAAGAAACGGUGCGCUCAUGGUGGGUCAUCGCCGCUCGUCCUGGAAACCUGGAGAGAUCUGGGCUUUUUCGGAAAGAAAGGGGAGAGAGAGAUAGAGAGAGGUCGCCUGCCUGCGGCCUGCCACUGUAGUUUUGAUCCAAAGGCUGCUGGCUGGCCGGCCAGUGCCCCCAUCUCAUCCCUUUUCUUGCUCGCUUUUUUCUUCUUCUUCUUGCUUUCCUACUCGCAGCUGCAGUGACUGUGUCUGCACUCUGCGCAUCGCAUUGCCACACUACCGUCUCUGAGAUAAUGACAUUGAGCUGCUUUGAGUCAUUUCCA